ACCGCUCUUGCCCGCCUCCGAUCUGGGGCCAGGACUUCCGGGGAGGGGCGUGCGCCUGUCUGCACCCCUCCCCACCCCUGUACCCAGCCGGGUCGCCCCGGGCUCUGCGGACCAGGUGGGGGCGUCGGGGCGCGGUCGCCGUCUUUUCUCAGGUGCCGCCUCCGAGCUGCCUGAGGCCCCGCCAUGGCCCAGCAGAGAGCGCUGCCGCAGAGCAAGGAGACGCUGCUGCAGUCUUACAACAAGCGGCUCAAGGACGACGUCAAGUCCAUCAUGGACAACUUCACCGAGAUCAUCAAGACCGCCAAGAUCGAAGACGAGACACAAGUGUCGAGGGCCACUCAGGGCGAGCAGGACAACUACGAGAUGCACGUUCGAGCUGCCAACAUUGUCCGAGCUGGUGAGUCCCUGAUGAAACUGGUGUCUGACCUCAAGCAGUUCCUCAUCCUCAAUGACUUCCCGUCGGUGAACGAGGCCAUCGACCAGCGCAACCAGCAGCUGCGAGCCCUGCAGGAGGAGUGUGACCGGAAGCUCAUUGCCCUGCGGGACGAGAUCUCCAUCGACCUGUACGAGCUGGAGGAGGAAUAUUACUCGUCCAGGAAUAACUUGUACUUAACACUAACGACGGAAAAAGGGAUUAAAACCAAUGGAAGCCCAUGUGGGGAAAAUCCUGGAGUCGACCAAACCCGAUGGUGGGGUUUCGAGUGUCUUCAAUUUCCAAACACCCAAGCAGCAAGAUCUCUGCACCAUCGGUGUUAUGCUCUCCUGGGCUGGGCCACUGCUCCCGUUGGAAAAUGAAGUUGUUCCUCCUAAAGCGAGGCAGCUCUCCGCCACCUCUUCCUCUCCAGCCCAUGCCCCGGCAGCACAACGAACUCACGGGAGAAACGGGCUGUUGGCAGCUCUCCUCUGAGCCAGCUUCCUGCAGGUUUUGUCUCCAUGACCCCAGCCGAGCUACAUGUAUUAGGGUCCCCAGUGGCCUCCACGUCGCUAAACCCUGGGUGGUCCUCAGUCAUACCACCUUUGUAUCGCAAGUGUUUUACCGUUCAAACCCCUGAUGAAGGCAUAAAGGUCACAUAAAGAACACCCACACAGACUUGUCUCUGGAUUCACCUUUUGCACCUUUACUUGCGCUCUCAUUUAUAAAAACUACCUGAUUUAAUAGCUGCUGGCCUUCUCGUGACACCUCAUGUCUAAACACCUGCCAGCUUGCCUCUCUAAGAAAACCCAACACUCUCCACGGCUCAAGGCCAGCAUCAGGCCCAAAGUGAACAAUCAUUCCGUAAUAGCAUCUAGGAUCAUGACACAUUCUACUUUCCCCGGUUGUUCUCCAAAUAUCUUGUUAUACUUAUUUUUAUUUUGCACUGCAUUUACUUACUAUUUCUUCUAGUCUUUUGAAAUCUACAACAGGAUCAGGGUGGUGGUCUGGAGUGGGUGACGUACAGUUCUCGUUAUACUAUUUAUUUAUUUAAAAAGAUGUAUCCAGGGCGCCUGGGUGGCUCAGUUGGUUAAUCGACUGCCUUCGGCUCGGGUCAUGAUCUUGGAGUCCCGGGAUCGAGUCCCGCAUGGGGCUCCCUGCUCGGCGGGGAGUCUGCAUCUCCCUCUGACCCUCCCCCCUCUCAUGCUCUCUAUCUCAUUCUCUCUCUC